AUUUUCUUUUCUAUGUAAGUUUUGGAAAUGGAAUUGGAGAAGGGUGUCCAUAGAUGGAUAGUUGACAUUUCUGAAUGGAACCCAUCUCCCAAUUACUUCUCUUUUGCUAUGUCCUUUCUUCCCCAACAUGAACACUCCUCUAUUACCAGGUUCUUUAAAAUGGAAGAUCGAAAACGGGCUCUUGUGAGCAGAUUGUUGCAGUAUGCACUGAUACAUCAAGUCUUGGGGAUCCCAUAUAACGAAAUUGUCAUCAGGCGCACUGCUGAGGGGAAACCAUACCUGUUAUAUUUAGAACGUAGUCAGGAAUGUGACAAACUGAAGUUGGAGUUGCCAAAUUUUAACUUCAAUGCAUCACAUCAUGGUGAUUUUGUGGCUAUUGCUUCUGAACCAAUAUGCCUUGUGGGAUUGGAUGUUGUUUCUCAAACCAUCCCUGAGAAAGAAUCAGUGGAAGAAUUCAUUCAGAGCUUCUCAUCAUACUUCUCAAGUCUGGAAUGGUUUAAUAUAAUCAAUGCUGGCUCUUCUCGUCAGAUUUUGAAUAUUGGAGUGUAAAGGAAGCAUUUGUCAAAGCCAUUGGUGAUGGUGUGGGUUACAAAUUGGACACCAUCGAAUUUCAUCACAAAAACUGGGAAAACAUAUUUGUCAAGGUUGAUGGCAAAGAACUAGAAGAUUG